AUGGGCAAGGCAGUUAAAAAGAAGUACAGUGGAGCAAGUUCUGGAGGUAAAGAAGUGGAUGCUGAGAAGCAUUUGACUACGGUGUUCAAGUUUAACACUGAUUUAGGGCAACAUAUCCUAAAGAAUCCGUUAGUUGCUCAAGGUAUCGUGGACAAGGCUCAAAUAAAGCCAUCGGAUAUUGUGCUUGAAAUUGGUCCUGGUACCGGUAAUCUAACAGUGAGGAUCUUGGAACAAGCAAGGAAAGUUGUUGCCGUGGAGUUCGAUCCUCGUAUGGCAGCGGAGCUGACGAAACGUGUACAUGGAACGCCAGUGGAGAAGAAACUUGAGAUCUUGUUAGGGGAUUUUAUGAAGACCGAAUUGCCUUAUUUCGAUGUUUGUAUAAGUAAUACCCCAUAUCAGAUUUCAUCUCCCUUGGUGUUCAAGUUAAUAAACCAACCAAAACCACCUCGGGUAUCUAUUCUCAUGUUUCAAAGAGAAUUUGCCAUGAGAUUGUUGGCCAGACCGGGGGAUUCUUUGUACUGUAGGCUUUCGGCAAACGUCCAAAUGUGGGCAAAUGUGACACAUAUAAUGAAAGUUGGAAAAAACAACUUCAGGCCGCCACCUAAGGUCGAAUCAAGUGUAGUUAGGAUCGAGAUCAAGAACCCUAGACCUCAAGUUGACUUUAAUGAAUGGGACGGUUUGUUACGGAUAGUGUUUGUAAGGAAAAACAGAACCAUUGCAGCAGGAUUCAAAUCCACUACUGUCCUUGAGAUAUUGGAAAAGAAUUACAAGGCCUUCCUAGCAACGCAGUCUGCAGUACCUACAACCUCUUCUGGAGAUUCUCUAAUCAAUGAAGUCAAGGAAAAGAUUGAGCAAGUACUGAGCGAGACCGGAUUAGCUGAGAAGAGAGCUGGUAAAUGCGACCAAACGGAUUUUUUGAAGUUAUUGUAUGGAUUCCACCAAGUAGGAAUUCACUUUGCUUAA